GGUCACGAUGGCGAUGGCGGCGGCGGCGACGGUGGCCUCUCGGAGACUCUGCGACCUGCUGGCCCGGCGACUGACAGCCCCCAGCCCCCUGGGGCUCCAGCCCGGCCUCCGCCCCGUGGGCUCCUCCGCGCGAGAGGAGGCCCCCGGAGCAGCCGACAGCCGACAGCAGCCGACAGCUCCGGACCACAGCUACGAGUCCCUGCGAGUGACGUCCGUCCGGCAGCACGUUCUGCACGUGCAGCUCCACCGGCCGGACAAGAGGAACGCCAUGAACAGGACCUUCUGGAGCGAGAUGGUGGAGUGCUUCAACAAGAUAGCAAAAGACGCUGACUGUCGCGCCGUGGUGAUCUCUGGGGCAGGAAAAAUGUUCACCGCAGGUAUUGACUUCAUGGACAUGGCUUCCGAUAUCCUGCAGCCCCCAGGAACCGAUGUGGCCCGCAUCAGCUGGCACCUCCGUGACUUAAUCACCCGCUACCAGGAGACCUUCAACGUCAUCGAGAAGUGCCCCAAGCCGGUGAUCGCCGCCAUCCACGGGGGCUGCAUUGGCGGAGGCGUGGACCUCAUCACUGCCUGUGACAUCCGGUACUGUGCCCAGGAUGCUUUCUUCCAGGUGAAGGAGGUGGACGUGGGCUUGGCUGCCGACGUCGGGACGCUGCAGCGCCUGCCCAAGGUCAUCGGGAGCCGGAGCCUGGCCAGCGAGCUGGCCUUCACCGCCCGCAAGAUGAUGGCGGACGAGGCCCUGGGCAGCGGGGCGCGCUCCUCUCCCCUCCCCCAGGCGUCCUGGAACAUGGGCAUGCUGCAGAGCGAGGACCUCGUGAAGUCUGUCCAGGCCACCAUGCAGAAGCAGGAGCUGAAGAGCGUCACCUUCUCCAAGCUCUGAGAGCCUUGGUGUCCCCAGGCCCCGGGUCUGGCCGCCUCCGCCUGUCCCUGCUUCCUCCGCUGGGAGGGAGGAUGCCGAAGACGGUCUCAGUGCCCUCUCACCCCAUCUCCUGGUUUCUAACCUGAUGACAGGACCCUAUCUCAUGAAUAAAGCAGCUGAAGAAC